AUGGCCAUUACAAUAGUCACAGAAAUUACAAAUUUACGAAGAAGGAUUCCGCCUAGAGGGAUUGAGCAGAUGGAGCAACUUUUGUCCAAGAUUGCCACCAACGAACAGCAUGGAGAGAACUCUUCUUAUUUUCAUGGAUGGAAAGCAUAUGAUAAUGACCCUUACCACCCUAAUCAAAAUCCCAAUGGGGUUAUUCAGCUGGGACUUGCUGAAAAUCAGUUGUCCUUUGACUUGGUGGAGGAAUGGAUUACAAAACAUCCGUCAGCAUCCAUUUGCACCAGCGAAGGAGUACAAAUGUUCAGGGACAUAGCCAUCUUCCAGGAUUAUCAUGGCUUGCCUCAAUUCAGAAAUGCUGUGGCAAGGUUUAUGGGGAAAGUAAGAGGAGGCAGAGUCAGCUUUGAUCCAGCUAGAAUCGUGCUGGCUGGAGGAGCAACAGGAGCUAGUGAGCUCAUCACCUUUUGUUUGGCCGAUCCUGGGGAUGCAUUUUUGGUUCCUACACCUUAUUAUCCAGCAUUUGAUCGAGACCUAAAAUGGAGAACCGGAAUACAGCUAAUUCCAGUCAUCUGCGAGAGCUCAAACAAUUUCAAGAUCACCAAAGAAGCGCUGGAGGAGGCAUUUGAAAAUGCUCAAAAAUCCAGCAUCAAAGUCAAAGGCGUGAUAAUUGCAAAUCCAUCUAAUCCACUGGGCACCACUGUGGAGAGAGAGACGCAAAUAACAUUGGUAAACUUCAUCAAUGAGAAACAAAUCCACCUGGUUUGCGACGAAAUAUAUUCGGCGACCAUCUUCAGCCGUCCGAAUUUCAUUAGUAUAGCUGAAAUCAUAGAAGAAGUGGAUUGCAACCGGGACCUCAUUCAUAUAAUCUAUAGCUUGUCCAAGGACAUGGGCUUCCCUGGAUUCAGGGUUGGCAUCGUUUACUCCUAUAACGAUGCAGUCGUAAACUGUGGUCGGAAAAUGUCCAGUUUCGGACUAGUCUCCUCACAAACACAACACUUUCUGGCCUCAAUGCUAUCGGAUGAUGAAUUCGUUGACGAUUUUCUUAAAACAAGCUCCAUGAGACUUGCAAAAAGACAUCAAACAUUUACCAGCGGGCUUGAAGAAGUCGGGAUAAAGUGUUUGAACAGCAAUGCAGGUCUUUUCUGUUGGAUGGAUUUACGGCCAUUGCUCAAAGAACCCACGUUCGAGGCAGAAAUGGUGCUUUGGAGGUUGAUCAUACAUAAAGUCAAGCUCAAUGUCUCUCCAGGCUUUUCGUUUCAUUGCGUUGAACCCGGUUGGUUUAGGGUUUGCUUUGCUAAUAUGGAUGAUGAAACUUUAGAGAUCGCGCUAAAAAGGAUAAGGAUCUUCAUCCAAGCGACAGACAAGAAAUCAGAUGUGCCUGCGAAGAAGUCGAAACAGUGGCAAAAGAAUCUCAGGCUUAGUUUCUCUGGGGGAAGUAGAUGUGAAUAUGAAGAAAGCCUGAAGUCACCUAGUGUGAUGUCUCCUCAUUCUCCUAUGUCUCCGGCACAGCUGGUCCAGACCAGGACAUAGGAUAUUAGCAUUAGCGAAGUAACAACAUUAAUAUUCAUAGCACAAGCUAGUUUAUUAGUUGUUUAUUAGCACAAGCUGCCUUGGGUAUGACAAUAAUUUAGUUGUUUUUUUGUUAUUACUUUUGUCCAAGUAACUAAUUGGACAAAGUAAUAAUUGGUUAGUAAUUUCCUUUCAA